AUUUUUCCCCCCGCCUUGAAUGGAAGUGGUGUGUCAUCUGUUCUGCAAUAGCUAGGGUUUCGUAAUCUGUAUAAUUCCAAUCUUUUUCUCUUGUUUUUGUUUUGCGAUUUUUGGUUGCUGGAUUGAUCGCCAGAUGGCCGCUGCUGCGGCGAUCGAACCACCCUUGGCUCGCUGUGGUCUUUACCACCCCAAAUUCGGUAAGCAGAUCUUUGCGAAGGAACUGCGCAACCGGUCGAUCGUCCUCGCUUGCCUGUCACGGGAGCUCGCGGCAGCUGCGGAGCUUGGGCGAUUUCGCCGGAGGAGCCGCUCCCGUGGUCACGCUUCGUCUUACCUCUCUCGUGGAAGCCGGGGCUGGGUGUUAGGAGAGGGGUUGGAUGCAUUGGGCGCUCUCCUGAAGCAUCGGCGGAAAGGGGCGGCUUUUGGCAUCCGAGCUAGCGGUUCAGCGGAGCAGGGUGACGACUCGAACACUAGCUCCAGCGAUAGCACCGUGGAGAGCUCGCAGAGCAAUAGCCAAGGUGUCAAGAAGGUCGCUUCCCAUUCUUCCCCUUCGUCAUCUCCGUCGUCUACGCCUUCUUCUUCGUCGACGCCAUCGUCUUCAUCUUCGUCACCCCGCCGGGAGAACAAGUGGAAGAGCCGCUGGUUGAAGGGCGGAAGAUGGCAGUGGAAGCCGAUCAUCCCGGCUCAGGAGAUCAGCGCCCUUCUCGUCCAGCUGGGCAUUGUUAUGUUUGCCAUGCGAUUACUCCGACCCGGGAUUCCUCUUCCCGGUUCGGAGCCUAGGCCCCCGACUACGUACAUAAGCGUUCCCUUCAGCGACUUCUUGAGCAGGAUAAACAAUGACCAGGUUCAGAAGGUCGAGGUCGAUGGUGUACAUAUAUUGUUCCGACUGCGACAGGAAGCUGCCAGCCUGGAGGUUGAUGUUGCAGGGGAGCACCGGGCACAGGAGGCAGAAGCCCUCAUCAAGAGCAUGCCCCCUUCAAAGAGAAUAGUAUACACCACCACUCGCCCAGCUGAUAUAAAGACUCCCUAUGAGAAGAUGUUGGAGAACCAGGUUGAAUUUGGCUCACCUGAUAAGCGCAGUGGGGGUUUCCUAAACUCUGCCAUGAUUGCACUUUUCUACAUUGCUUUGCUGGUCGGAGUUUUUAAUAACUUUAAACUAAACUUUUCCCAGCCUACAGCUGGCCAGUUGAGGAACAGGAAGACAUCAAAUUCAGUUAGUGCAAAAACACCUGAACAUGCUGAUGGAGUCACUUUUGCUGAUGUAGCUGGAGUUGAUGAGGCAAAGGAGGAGCUGGAAGAGAUUGUGGAAUUUCUAAGAAAUCCAGACAGGUAUAUACGCCUAGGAGCACGACCACCUCGUGGAGUCUUGUUGGUGGGUCUGCCGGGAACAGGCAAGACACUGUUGGCAAAAGCUGUUGCUGGAGAAGCAGAAGUACCCUUUAUAAGUUGUUCAGCGAGUGAGUUUGUAGAACUAUAUGUUGGUAUGGGAGCUUCUCGAGUGAGAGAUCUCUUUGCUAGGGCAAAGAAAGAAGCGCCAUCAAUCAUUUUUAUUGAUGAGAUAGAUGCUGUUGCAAAAAGCCGUGAUGGUCGAUAUCGUAUAGUGAGCAAUGAUGAACGAGAGCAAACUCUCAAUCAGCUACUUACUGAAAUGGAUGGAUUUGAUAGCAAUUCUGCUGUCAUUGUCCUUGGAGCAACAAACAGGGCAGAUGUACUGGAUCCUGCACUUCGUCGUCCUGGGAGAUUUGAUCGGGUGGUUGUGGUGGAAACUCCUGAUCGACUUGGAAGGGAGUCCAUUUUGAAGGUUCAUGUCAGCAAGAAAGAACUUCCUUUAGGGGAUGCUGUAGAUCUUAAAGAAAUUGCAUCCAUGACAACUGGCUUCACUGGAGCAGACCUAGCAAAUUUAGUGAAUGAAGCUGCCCUAUUAGCUGGAAGAGCGAAUAAAGUUGUUGUCGAAAAGAUUGAUUUUAUUCUUGCAGUUGAACGGUCAAUAGCUGGCAUAGAGAAGAAACAUGCCAAGCUGCAAGGAGGAGAAAAAGCAGUUGUUGCACGGCAUGAAGCUGGCCAUGCAGUUGUAGGGACUGCUGUUGCAAAACUUCUUCGUGGGCAACCACGUGUAGAGAAAUUAAGCAUAUUGCCAAGGUCAGGUGGUGCGUUGGGUUUCACAUAUACCCCUCCUACAAACGAGGACAGAUAUUUGCUUUUUAUUGAUGAAUUGCGAGGCCGCUUGGUCACUCUCCUUGGUGGACGUGCUGCAGAAGAAGUUGUCUACUCAGGCCGUGUGUCAACUGGAGCCCUGGAUGACAUCAGACGUGCUACGGACAUUGCCUACAAGGCUGUAGCUGAAUAUGGGCUUAAUCAGAACAUUGGUCCAGUAUCAUUGGCAACCUUAUCAAGUGGCGGCCUUGAUGACUCUGGAAUGGGUUCCUGGGGAAGGGAUCAGGGUCAUCUUGUUGACCUUGUGCAAAAGGAGGUAAAAUCACUCCUGCAGUCAGCUCUUGAAGUUGCUCUUUCUGUGGUACGAGCCAAUCCUACCGUGGUCGAGGGUCUUGGUGCUUACCUGGAAGAAAAGGAGAAGGUGGAAGGCGAAGAGCUGCAAGCAUGGUUGAAAUUAGUCGUAGCCCCUGCAGAACUGACCCUGUUCAUGCAAGGGGAGCCUGGAAAUCUUCUCCAGUUGGAGGCAGGCUCCAUGAUAACUGCACAACUAUCGCCUGCCUCUGUGGCAAGUGGAAGGAGCAGCCAUGUUGCUUUCAGAUUGUCAAGACCUGCUCUUGCCCUUGGAUUUGAUGCUUCUCGGAGCUUGAACAAGGAUUUGUGCUAUAAUUUCGUUGUUAGGCCUAAAGCCACCUUGACCUUUGAUCAUUCAACUACUGAAUCUACACAAGCCAAACAAAAGAAGCACACAGUUGAUCCUGCUGCUCCUGAUUUUCUUCCACUUCCUUCUUUUGAGCAAUGCUUUCCGAAGAGUACAAAGGAAUUCACAAACAUUGUUCAUGAGCAAUCAGGUCACAUCCUGAAAGUUCCUUUCAGACGAGUUCAUCUAUCCGGAGAUGAGCAGUACUUUGAUGCAUAUGAUACUAGUGGGCCACAAAAUGUAAAUCCGCAGUUGGGACUUCCUGAGAUAAGAAAAGAAUGGGUGGAAAGGCGGGAGCUAUUGGGUGAACCAAGAUGCACACAGAUGUACUAUGCCAAGCAGGGGAUCAUAACUGAAGAGAUGUUGUUUUGUGCUACUCGUGAGAAGCUUGAUCCAGAGUUUGUGAGAUCGGAGGUUGCGCGUGGACGUGCUAUAAUUCCUUCUAACAAGAAGCACCUAGAGUUGGAGCCAAUGAUAGUUGGGAGGAACUUCCUGGUGAAAGUGAAUGCAAAUAUUGGGAACUCUGCUGUGGUGAGCAAUAUUGAGGAAGAGGUGCAUAAACUUCAAUGGGCAACAAUGUGGGGUGCUGAUACUGCCAUGGAUCUAUCGACAGGUCGUCAUAUUCAUGAGACCCGGGAGUGGAUCCUCCGGAAUUCUUCUGUUCCUGUUGGGACUGUUCCUAUCUAUCAGGCCUUGGAAAAAGUGAAUGGUAUUGCUGAAAACCUAACAUGGGAAAUUUUUAGAGAAACUCUGAUAGAGCAAGCUGAACAGGGUGUGGAUUAUUUUACAAUUCAUGCUGGUGUUUUACUUCGAUAUAUUCCUCUUACUGCUAAAAGAAUGACUGGAAUUGUCUCACGUGGAGGAUCAAUCCAUGCAAAAUGGUGCCUUACAUAUCACAAAGAGAACUUUGCUUAUGAGCAUUGGGAUGACAUAUUAGAUAUAUGCAAUCAAUAUGAUAUAUCACUAUCUAUUGGCGAUGGACUGCGACCUGGAUCAAUCUAUGAUGCCAAUGACACUGCUCAAUUUGCAGAACUCCUGACCCAAGGGGAGCUGACUCGUCGAGCUUGGGAAAAGGAUGUGCAGGUCAUGAAUGAAGGUCCUGGUCAUAUUCCUCUCCACAAAAUUCCAGAAAAUAUGGUAAAACAGCUUGAAUGGUGUAAUGAAGCACCUUUUUAUACUCUUGGUCCAUUGACAACCGAUAUUGCUCCUGGGUAUGAUCAUAUUACAUCAGCUAUUGGUGCUGCAAAUAUUGGAGCACUUGGUACUGCACUUCUUUGUUAUGUAACACCAAAGGAACACCUUGGGUUGCCAAAUCGAGAUGAUGUGAAAGCAGGUGUCAUAGCAUAUAAGAUAGCUGCCCAUGCAGCUGAUUUAGCAAAAGGUCAUCCACAUGCACAAGCAUGGGAUGAUGCAUUGAGCAAGGCAAGGUUUGAAUUUAGAUGGAUGGACCAGUUUGCCUUAUCUUUAGAUCCUAUGACAGCUAUGGCUUUUCAUGACGAAACCCUCCCAUCUGAAGGUGCUAAGGUGGCACAUUUCUGUUCUAUGUGUGGGCCAAAGUUUUGCUCUAUGAAAAUAACAGAGGAUGUUAGGAAGUACGCUGAGGAACAUGGAUAUGGGACAGCAGAAGAAGCUCUGCAGCAUGGAAUGGAUGCAAUGAGUGCUGAAUUCCUUUCUGCCAAAAAGACUGUUAGUGGGGAACAACAUGGUGAAGUCGGUGGGGAGAUAUAUGUGCCUGAGAUUCGCUCCUCCAGCAGUGUCUGAAAGCGACGAGUAUGUAACUAGACGAGAUAAGAGGAGUUGACAAUAAGGUCCAUGAUUAUCAUGGAAAAAAUCCUCUUAUUAUCGAUGUUGGGGUGCCAGUCACCAAGUCAUCCAAGCUAUUCAGCAUGGAUGACGGUUGGCUGGCUGAGAAAGUCCCUUCGAACCUGAACAGGGUAAUUCCUGCGUAGGGAGUGUGCGAUAUUUUAUUUUUCUGUUCAUGCUCAGGGAAAACGCCCACCAAACUUUCAGCCAGCUGAUCCUGCACGAACCAUCAUUCAACCACCAAGCCAUCCAUGUCUGAGAACUGAGAAGUAAGCUACAAUAUUUACUUUCGCUUACUUCAACACCGACUUUCCAUUGCGAUUGCAUGCUCAGCAAGCUGGCAACGACUUGUAGCAUAUUCUCACAAUGGUAAGCAUCAAUUUCCUUGGACAUUCUUAGGUUAAGCUGCAACCAGGUUUUGGGGUACACAAAAUGAUCUCAUGGUUUGAAAUUUUAGUCGAUAGUUUUCGACCAUGGGUGCUUGCCCAUUCUUAUUCUUCUGCUCAUGGCACACAGUUAUGGUGGGAAUAUCAAUAUCUCUAAAGCUGAAUUUGAAAACAGUAUUAGCAGUUCCAACACUGUGAGUGUUUAAAGACUUCAAACAUUGUCCUAUUAGUAAUUCAGUUAAUCGAUAGAGAGCUCUUUCAUCGAUAAGGGGCUUCAAUUGCAAGUAAUCUUGCAGAUGUAAUAUAAUUCUUAACCAUACCAAGAGAAUACGACAUGUUUGCAAGGCAUUCA